AUGGUAACGUCAUCUGGGAAGGAGUGUGAGAGUGAGAGUGAGAAGUGCGAUUGUGAGAGUGAGGGCGAUUGUGAGAGUGAGGGCGAUUGUGAGAGUGAGGGCGAUUGUGAGAGUGAGGGCGAUUGUGAGAGUGAGGGCGAUUGUGAGAGUGAGGGCGAUUGUGAGAGUGAGGGCGAUUGUGAGAGUGAGGGCGAUUGUGAGAGUGAGGGCGAUUGUGAGAGUGAGGGCGAUUGUGAGAGUGAGGGCGAUUGUGAGAGUGAGGGCGAUUGUGAGAGUGAGGGCGAUUGUGAGAGUGAGGGCGAUUGUGAGAGUGAGGGCGAUCGUGAGAGUGAGGGCGAUCGUGAGAGUGAGGGCGAUCGUGAGAGUGAGGGCGAUCGUGAGAGUGAGGGCGAUCGUGAGAGUGAGGGCGAUCGUGAGAGUGAGGGCGAUCGUGAGAGUGAGGGCGAUCGUGAGAGUGAGGGCGAUCGUGAGAGUGAGGGCGAUCGUGAGAGUGAGGGCGAUCGUGAGAGUGAGGGCGAUUGUGAGAGGGAGGGCGAUUGUGAGAGGGAGGGCGAUUGUGAGAGGGAGGGCGAUUGUGAGAGGGAGGGCGAUUGUGAGAGGGAGGGCGAUUGUGAGAGGGAGGGCGAUUGUGAGAGGGAGGGCGAUUGUGAGAGGGAGGGCGAUUGUGAGAGGGAGGGCGAUUGUGAGAGGGAGGGCGAUUGUGAGAGGGAGGGCGAUUGUGAGAGGGAGGGCGAUUGUGAGAGGGAGGGCGAUUGUGAGAGGGAGGGCGAUUGUGAGAGCGAGGGCGAUUGUGAGAGGGAGGGCGAUUGUGAGAGGGAGGGCGAUUGUGAGAGGGAGGGCGAUUGUGAGAGCGAGGGCGAUUGUGAGAGCGAGGGCGAUUGUGAGAGCGAGGGCGAUUGUGAGAGCGAGGGCGAUUGUGAGAGCGAGGGCGAUUGUGAGAGCGAGGGCGAUUGUGAGAGCGAGGGCGAUUGUGAGAGCGAGGGCGAUUGUGAGAGCGAGGGCGAUUGUGAGAGCGAGGGCGAUUGUGAGAGCGAGGGCGAUUGUGAGAGCGAGGGCGAUUGUGAGAGCGAGGGCGAUUGUGAGAGCGAGGGCGAUUGUGAGAGCGAGGGCGAUUGUGAGAGCGAGGGCGAUUGUGAGAGCGAGGGCGAUUGUGAGAGCGAGGGCGAUUGUGAGAGCGAGGGCGAUUGUGAGAGCGAGGGCGAUUCGAGGGGCGAUUGUGAGAGCGAGGGCGAUUGUGAGAGCGAGGGCGAUUGUGAGAGCGAGGGCGAUUGUGAGAGCGAGGGCGAUUGUGAGAGCGAGGGCGAUUGUGAGAGCGAGGGCGAUUGUGAGAGCGAGGGCGAUUGUGAGAGUGAGGGCGAUCGUGAGAGUGAUUGUGAGAGCGAAAGUGAUUGUGAGAGUGAGGGCGAUUGUACUGAGAUGAAUAUGCAGAAUGCCAAAAAUAUAAGCAUUGAAAGUGAAUAA